UAAAAAGAGAAUCCCAUGUGUUUGUGUACCUGUGCAGGUGAGUUCGGCUCCGUGCGCGAGGCCUUCCUGAAGACGCAAGACUCGUCUGUCCAGAAGGUGGCGGUCAAAGUGCUGAAGACUGACAUCACCUCGUCAGCUGACAUCGAGCAGUGUCUGAAGGAGGCGGCCUACAUGAAAGACUUCGACCACCCCAACGUCAUCCAGCUCAUCGGAGUGAGUCUUCACCGGCGUCCUGGCCAGCGGCUGCCGAUCCCGAUGGUGAUUCUGCCGUUCAUGAAGCACGGAGACCUGCACACCUUCCUGCUGCUGUCCAGACUGGGAGAACGGCCGUUUGACCUGACUCUGCAGACUCUGCUGCAGUUCAUGCUGGACAUCUCUCGGGGGAUGGAGUACCUGAGCGGCAGGAGCAUCAUCCACCGAGACCUCGCUGCCCGAAACUGCAUGCUGAGUGAGGACAUGGCGGUGUGUGUCGCAGACUUCGGCCUCUCCAAGAAGAUCUACAGCGGAGAUUACUACAGACAGGGCUCGGUCUCCAAGCUGCCGGUGAAGUGGAUCGCUCUGGAGAGUCUCGCUGACAACGUGUACACCACACAGAGCGACGUGUGGGCGUUUGGCGUGACGAUGUGGGAGAUCAUGACUCGUGGUCAGACGCCGUACCCCGGCGUGGAGAACUCUGAGAUCUACGAGUACCUGAUCAAAGGAGAGCGACUGAAGAAACCUCCGGACUGCAGAGACGACAUUUACGAGCUCAUGCACAGCUGCUGGAGUCCCGUCCCGAAAUGUCGUCCCAGUUUCCAACAUCUGGUCGGCCAGCUGGAGGCGCUGAGGCUCAGCCUGUCCCCCGCCCCCCCGCAGAAGGAGCCUUUACUCUACGUCAACCUGGAGGGGGACGAGGGGGAGCCGGGCCGAGGGGGAGCGGCCGGAAUCGGGGCCCCGGGGCCUGAGGAGGAGGCGACGCCGGCAGCCGGGGCCCCGAGCUGGAGCGUCCCCUGGCAGCGUGGAGCGGAGGACGAGGAGCGGGACUGGCUCAUGGUGGGGUCCGGGGCCGCGCUAGCCAUCGGAGGGGACUACAGAUACAUCAUCGGCCCCUGUGGACCCCCCGAGGAGGAGGAGGAAGUUGGGGGGGGGGGGGGGAGGAGGAGGGGGGAGUCGAUGGACACUCUACAGGAGGAGGUCAGAGACGAGGAGGACGAUGUCGUCAUUAACGUCUGACCAAUCACAGCGCUCCUCCUCCAAUACCUGAGCUGAUCAGAGAGGGACGCUCACUUUAAGGCACUGAGCAGCAGCAGGCGGGUGGAGACUGAACUCUGAGUGUCUCUGAAGGUACAGACGCUGAACACACCUACACACCUGAUCCAGGACCUAUGCAACACGGCCCCAGUUCCCCCAGUCCUCCCAGUGCUGAUGGAGUUUCACCAGGUACCAAGUUUCUCUGAAAGGAAACUGCAGCAUGUUGGAAACGUUUUUCCUGAGAGAAUAUUUCUCUCUGUGUCAGAUACAGAUCACCGUGACUGUUAGCCUAGCUUAGCACAGACACUGGAAGCGGAGGGAAACUGUUAGCCUAGCUUAGCACAGACACUGGAAGCGGAGGGAAACUGUUAGCCUAGCUUUGCACAGACACUGGAAGCGGAGGGAAACUGUUAGCCUAGCUUAGCACAGACACUGGAAGCGGAGGGAAACUGUUAGCCUAGCUUAGCACAGACACUGGAAGCGGAGGGAAACUGUUAGCCUAGCUUAGCACAGACACUGGAAGCGGAGGGAAACUGUUAGCCUAGCUUAGCACAGACUCAGACGUGUUUCUCUCUUUCCACCAUGGAGGGACGUUAUGUGGCCAGAAGUAUUUGGACACCCUGAGAAAAUCUGCAAACCAUUUAAAAUAACUGAUUAACCUGUGAAAGGUUUGUGUCCCUGUAAUCUGCCAGCUCAGUCGGCGCCUCUGAGGAACUAGGAUGAGAUUUAUUAUUAUUUUUAGACAAAACUCUAACAUCUAACAGAGUAAAUAAUCUGUAGAUUAAUGAACACAGAGAACGUUUGUAUUUGAACUCGCUGGCCGCGAGGAGACGCAGUUAACCCCUGCGGUUUUAUUAUUCCACAGUGAGAACUGAAAUAAAGUGUAGGUAAAGAAGCGUUUCACCAGGAAGUGAAACUCUUUAACCAUAUGAAUGAAUAAAGGCCAGUUUUAAACAUGUUUCAUUCAGUUUUUAUUCUUAACACCUCUCUAAUUCUCUAACGUGUUCAGAUAAACCCACAUUUAACUUAUUAUCAUGUUGUGAGGUGAGUCAGUUGCACGCUGUGCUGCACAGGAAACUGCUCCUUCAAAACAAAAGACUUUUGUACAAGACAGCGACACUAAACCAGAGCUGGACCACAUGACGGAGACAGAAUAGCUGGGGCGUCCGGUUCUAAGUACACGCUAAAUACAUUUUCCCCAUGUGAGGUCGUUUUCAUCACGCUGAUGCUCGUAUUCAUUACUUUUAAUUAUCUGAUGUUAUUGAAGGGGGGGGGGGGUCAUGUCAUGAUUGACAGCUGUGCCCUGCUGUGAUUGGGUCAGCUGGGUGUGUGGGCGGGACCUCGAUACCUCGACUCUGGCUUUAAUUGAUGUCACCAGUGCAGGAUGGCGCCAUUUUGUACAGCGGGAGGAAGUGGCGGCCAUCUUUAUAUUUGGCAAUCCAGCGGCGGCCUUAAAACAACGCUGCCAGUUUCACAUUUAAACACGACAAGUAAAAAUAUUCAAGAGAAUUUAUUAUUAUGGCUUUUGUUCUGAAGGAAGGCCGACACCAGUCCAGAUUGGGAGCGAUGCCCUUAACGCAACAGAAAGUCGGCCAUUUUGGAUUUAAUGGUUAAAUUUUUGGCAAUUUACAGGUUACUUACUUUAACGAACUCCUAAUUCGCCAUGAAACAUGCUCACAUCUGCACCAGACUUUACAUGUUUAUACAUGUCAGGGCCCUGAUGUCAGUAUUCAGUCAGUUGUAACGCCACCUACUGGCAACAGGAAUUAGGCCCUGUGUUAUAAUGGUCAUUUAAUUUACAUUUUGACAGUAUGUUCCACACGUACACGAAGUGACGUUAAACUCCUACGUAAGGUGUCCAAAGUGCAUGAUAAUUCAGAGCAGCGCCAACGACCUCGGGCAACUUCACUGCGGUCGCAACAAGCCCAGACAUGUCACAGCGCGAAGGCCCAUCCAACGCUGUUUGCUGUUUUAACAGUUACAGUUGCAAUUUUUUUUUAUUUUACCAGGAAAGAAAUCCAUUGAGAUUUUUAAUCUCUUUCACAAGGAUGUCCUGGAUCCUUUAAUGAAUCCUUUAAAGAUUUAGAUAUGUAUAUGUGGUGUUUUUUAUAUUUUAGUGUAAAAAUCAGUGCCUUCUGGUGUACAAACAGAGACUGUUGCUAAAUGAGCUCAUUUCUCUGCUGCAGUUUGGUACUUCAGUGCUCGGCUUCAGCUUCACCUGCACCAGCAUGUAGCAUCACCUGAAAACCAGCCUGGUGAACAGACCUUUACUGUCACAUGUAUUUCAGAUGUUCUGAAGUCUUGAGAGCAGCCUGAUCGUUUCAGGAGUUCAAGAAAUGUUUGAUAUUUUCAUUAACAAAUACUUUUUAAGUCAGCUUUAUUCUGUUUCCUUUAACUUUCCGCGGCGUAUCAUCAGCAACAGCACAUAAUCACAGCUUUUCUCUCACGUCGAUCAUCUGACAAUGAAUCUGGCGCUAUUCCUAUAAGCGGAUCCUCGUUAGUUGUCACUAAUGGAGAGCGGUACGAGCAGCGAGGAGGAUCAGUUUGUUAACAGAACCAGGAAGGUGCGUUUGUGUUGCAGUUCUUCAGUUCAGGAUACGAUCCUCUCUAUAAACAGACACCUGCAUAUGAAAACAGAUGUAUCAGAGACAAGACUUUGGUGUCGGAGGCGUUCUGAUUUCCAUUUGCGGUCACAGUAAUUUUGACCAAUCACGUUUGAGCGGGCUUUGGUUGCGUGCAGGUAUAAACAGUGAGUGUGGAGAGAAAAAGCAAAACCCUUUGGCUGAAACGUCUAAUAAUAAUCUCUGUUAGCUUUUUAAAAAAGGUGUCUACUUUCAAAGUCUCGACAGCCGACGGGUUCCAAGAUCGAGGAUAUGAUAACAAGACCGUUUGUCGUCGGGCUGACGUUACGUUGUGUUCGAGGCCCUAAUGAGCCGUUCUGCUGAUGUAUUUUGAAAUGCAUUUGUUUUCAUAUUUACAGCACAAACAAUAAGAUGGUUGUUUCAGGUAGUGCUCACCUUUCAGAUGUGAAUAUAUGCAGUCUUUUAGUUGUCUGUUGUAGCAAACUUAACAUCUUUCAGUUUUUGGGCUGUUGGCUGAGGGGACCGGUGCAUUUUGUAAUAUUUUCUGAUGUUUCUAGACUGCAGAAUAAUCGAUAAUUAAAGCCGGAAUAUUCUACGUAUGCAUUAUCAGGUACAAAUGUUCCCUCCUGAUGUCAAAACGUAGUUGUAUGCCUUUAUUAUAUCAGUUUAUAUUGUGCUAAUAAGGUGCAUUUCACUAAAUAAUGUGUAAUACAUGCACAAUGCACAGAGCAGGGAGGGGGGUUGGGGGCCCACGGCACAUGAGCCCGGGGCCCUUGCAGCGUGUUAAUCCGGCCCUGGCUGCUGCAGAUGAUGUUGUGCGUUUUUCUGUUUUACAUGAACUCACUUCUACAUUUCCUCUAACACUGAAAUGAAGCUGAAGUUUUUAAUUACUUGAAGUGUGUAAACUGUCCUUUAGAGUAUCACUGAACACGUGUACUUAUGUUGUAUAUUUGAGUCAGAUGUACUAUAGAAGAUGUAAUUCUGUAUUUUAAAGCUCUGGGAUGUUUUAUUGAUCCUGGAAAUCAAGUGGUUUCUGUGUUGGAGGUGUCUGACUGUCAAACUGUGUAGCUAAAGGUUAAUUUCCUGACGUAAGUUAAACUUUUCCGUCUGCACCACUCUUCAUGUCAGGAUAUCAAGGGACAGUAUGUUUUAAGAUGUUUUUGUAUGUUGCCUCAAAGAGAUCAAACCCUGAAUUUAUUCAAGACCCAAGCUGACGUCUUCCUGUUGUCACGUCCUUACCUGUGUGACUGCAGAUCUGUACAGAGAGCAGAUGUGUGAGACUCUGGACAAACAAAUAAAGCGUCAUUUGUGCCACAUUGA